AUGCUUGUUGGUCAGCCUGCCACGAGAACCAAUAGUCCGUUUGUGGUUGUCAAUGAAUAUGCAGCUUUGACUUCGACUCAAGUAAUUUCCCCACUAAACUGUCAACUACACGACAAUCCGAGAAAAUCGCCAUCUUUAGCUUCAGUUUCAGAAUUGCGCGUCGAUGCACCUCCAGUAAGUUAUGCUAUGAUAACCGAUACUUCCCGCACAGUCUUUCCGGAUACAAGAAGGCUAGAACAACUUCUAGCGCAAUAUAUACCUCCAAAGCAGCGAAGUACUUAA